GCACCUUUAAUAAUGCACUUCGAGCAGAUAUUUUAAAAAGUAAGAUGGCUGGAAAAUAUACAAAUAUAUCUGCACAAUACCCUGUAAUUACAAAUAUUGAUACCCCAGCUCGUUUUAUUGUUUGGUUGCAUCAUAAAUAUCAGACAGAGACAGUUGGAACACAACAAGUUGCUACUCAAAGGUUAGCACAAGAAAAAUUCUUACCAUUUGAUAAUUUAGAAUCAUAUAAGGCUAGAAUCCAUCCUCUUUUAUUAGGAGUUGCUGAUAGUGAUGCUAAUAUCUUAGGACUUCUUAAGGGUCAUUUAUCAGGAGAGCUUUAUACUUGGAUGAAAAUCGCUAACUCUGGCUCCAUUCCUAACCAAAUCUCUCAAACUUCAGCUGUUAAUAUACAAAAUAAAUCACAUUCCGAUAGUAGUGAUAUAUCUCGAGCUGAACUAGAUAGUAUAAUAAAAUCACAAUUAGCUUUA